AUUAUUUACAAUGGGUUGUUCAUCAUCAAACCAAGCAAGAUCAUCAUUGCCACAUCUUGUGAUUGUUGGCUUCCAGUAUGGAGGCUACAACCUCCUUCAUCAAGUGAAGGACAAGUUCAGAGUCACUGUGAUUGACAAGAAGGACUUCUUUGAGUACGUCACAGGUGCUCCAGCAAAUAUUCACCAGAAAGGAAACUUUGAAAGAAUUUCUGAAAGCUACCAUAAUUCUCUCAACAUCAAGAAAGUCUUUGGCUCAAAUGUUAAGUUUGAGCAAGGACUUGUGACUGAGCUUGUUGACACUCAUAACUUGAGGUACACUCCAACUGCUGGGAGGAAGGCAGGCCACCCAGGCUCUUCUACUAAGAAAUUAAGAUUCGACUACUUGGCGAUCUGUACUGGGAGUGUCUGGUCAGUUAAUCACCCUGCUGAAGAUGUUUUUAAUAUCUUUACUAGUGAGGAUAAAUCGGAGUUCUAUGCUAAAUACAGAGAUGAAAUCGACAGAGCUAAGUCUGUUUUGAUUGUCGGAGGAGGUCCAACUGGGCUUGAAUGUGCAGGAGAGAUCCUGAUUAAGUACAAAGGAGAAAAGAAGUUAGGAAUCGCUACAAAUUCGUCAAAACUCAUCGAAGCUUAUGGAGACAAAGCAUCUGAGAUGGCAAGAGAACAUUUUGAAAGCAAAAAUGUUAACUUAUACUUCAAUACGAGGUAUAAUCCUUCUCAUGAAUUGGCUCAAGAGUAUGACUACGUCCUCAACUGUGUUGGUACUAAGGUUCUUACUCCAUUUAUGGAUAAGAAAUUUUCUAGCUUCAAAGGAGAUAGAGGACAUAUCUUUAUUAACGAGUAUUAUCAAGUUACCAAUACCGAUCCCCUCACUGGAAGGACAAGUGGAUCAGAAGAGGUACUUGAUAAUGUCUUUGCCUUUGGGGACUGUAGUAUUUCUAAACUAAAUGAGCCUAAAAAUGUUCCAGCAGCUGUAACAGGAGCUCUGAUGGUAGCGAAUAACCUCAUUAAGAGUAUUGACGGAGACACUAAAGAUUUUAAGACAGUUCCAGAGCAAAACUUCUUCAUUUCAGGAGUUUACUUCGAUGAUACUGCUGGUGCUUUCGUAAUGGGACCAGAUACAAAUAUGAAUCCAAAUCUCUAUGAAGACAAGAAGGGAUAUGAACCCCCAGUCUUCACUUUCCUCAGAGACGAGCCAGAAGGACAGAAGAAUUACGAUGGCUAUAUCGCCAUGUUUACCGGCUAAAAGCUGAAAUGUCAGAGGAUUCUU